CUGAACGCAAAUAAAAAUGGCAGAUACUGUUGUAGAAUCGGCGCCAGGUGAUGAAAAUGAUGAUAGUUGGUUGUAUGGGGACUCAAAUCCAGAUCAAGCUGAACAGAAUGAAUCUAAAAAUGUUAAUGAAAAACCACCACAACAGACUGAAGCAACGGAAGGUGAAGAGAAAGAUCAAGAAGAUAACGAAUUAAACGACGACUCACAUUUUAAUGAUGAACACUUUGCCGAUGUGGGUCGCGAGGAACAGGACCAGGCAAAUGGGGACACCGAAAGUCAGGACAAUGGAGACUCCGAUUCAGACGACAGCGACGACGUUAAAGUCACAAUUGGAGAGAUCAAGUCGGGUCCGCAGGCUUAUGCCAGCUUGAACAUAAAGCGUGGUGUAGGUCUUGUGGCCACUGGUGCGGCCGAUAAGCCUCGUCCAGGUACCACUGCAGGUGGUAAAGUUACACUCGAAGAUCUAGAAGGGCCGGGCAGUAUAAAUGGAGUGCCCGCAUUGGAGUUUAACAUAGACACUAUUGAGGAUAAGCCGUGGAACAAACCAGGUGCAGAUAUAUCUGAUUAUUUCAACUAUGGCUUUAACGAGGUGACCUGGAGUGCAUACUGUGAGCGGCAACGGCGAAUGCGGUGUAACGAAGCUGGCGUAGGGCUCCACGCGACACCAUCUGGACCACGAAUGUCUGCACCGGACCUUAGGCGUCCUCCUGGCCCCAUUAGAAAUGACGAGGGAAUGAUGGGCUCGUCUGUUUCUAAUAAUUACCAAGCUCGGGAAAACACAAUUCAGGUAAUGACGGCGGAGCGUCGCGAGUACGGGCGCGGCGGCCCGUCGAGAGACCUGCCUCCGCCCGAGUACUUCGGGGCGCCGCCGCAGGACCACUACUACCCGCCGCCACACGCGCCCCACGCGCCCUACGAGGAGCCCUGGGGUCAUCCUGAGCAAAGCGGUUGGGUACCGUCGGAGAUCAAAGAGUUGACGCCAGGCCCCAUGGGGCCGCCCGCGAUGGGCCCGCCCAUGGGCAUGACGCCGCCGAUGGGCGCGCCGCACAUGCCGCCCUCCCCACACGUCAUGGGCGCGCCUCCCUUCGCGCCGCCGUACCGCCUGCCGCCGCAUUCGCACGAGCGUGAACGCGACCGCGAACGAGAACGGGAACGGGACCGGGACCGAGAUCGAGAACGCGAUCGCGACCGGGAACGAAUGCGGGAGCGUGAAGAUCGCGACAGGAGAGAUAGGGAUAGACGGGUGGAUGAUGAGGAUAGAGACCGUGAGCGAGACAGAGAACGUGAUCGCUCCAGGUCUAUUAAACCGGAGAGGAUACGAGAAAAAUCAUACCGUCGAGAGAGGUCGCGAUCGAGGUCACGGCGUCAUAAGUCCCGUUCGCGGUCACCACGUCAGAGGGAACGCUCCCGAGAACGAGAGCGGUCACGCGAACGAGAACCCGACCGCCCUCGUGAACGCGAACGUAGUGUUAAGCCUAAAUCUAAGGAGAACAAGGAGAAAGAAGAAGAAAAGUAGCGGUCGAGCAAACUCACAUUAUGUCUGCAUAUUUUGAUUCCCUGAUGUAAUACGUUAAUUAAAUUUGUUAUCAUGGAAUAACUUGAAAAUUUAAAUUAAGUAAUACAGUUCUUUAAAUUUAUUGAUUAAACGUAAUUAUUGAUGAAAAUAUU